UCCGGAAGUACUCUCUCGAGGCAGAGGUUUCUGGGAUUGUUGGCCCACCCGCCUUCCUUUUUUUCCGACAUCUUAGGGAGGCUGCAGUGGUCCACACUACUCUCUGAGUUUCGCCAUGCCGCCCAAAGACGACAAGAAGAAGAAGGAUGCCGGAAAGUCGGCCAAAAAAGACAAAGACCCAGUAAAUAAAUCUGGUGGCAAGGCCAAAAAGAAGAAGUGGUCCAAAGGCAAAGUUCGGGACAAGCUGAACAAUCUCGUCCUGUUUGACAAAGCUACAUAUGACAAGCUCUGUAAGGAAGUUCCCAACUAUAAGCUUAUUACUCCAGCUGUGGUCUCUGAGAGACUGAAGAUUCGAGGUUCCUUGGCCAGGGCAGCCCUUCAGGAGCUACUUAGUAAAGGACUUAUCAAGCUGGUUUCCAAGCACAGAGCCCAAGUAAUUUACACCAGAAACACAAAGGGUGGAGAUGCGCCAGCUGCUGGUGAAGAUGCAUGAGCAGGUGGGAACCAAGGCUUCUUAGUGCUGAGGAAGUACAUGGCCCCUAUGAGAUGUUCCGGUUAUGACUUCGCUUUGUUUUUUUUUUCUUUCCAGAUUCAAUCAGCUGUACAUUUGGGAAAAUAAAACUUUAUUGAAUCAAA